UCUUCCACUUCACAAGGCUUAAAGUGCCCCUAGUUGAUGUAACGCCCUUUUUAAUGUCUGAACCAUGUACUUGGGACAGUAAACUGUUACACAAGCUAAGAUGUGUUAGAAGCUACACCAGCACAUGACUGAGGCUCCACUGAGGUGUAUUAUUUUUCAUGCGUUUGGACUAGCAUCAUUUGGGAAAAUGAUUGGAAUAAGCUACACAUCUUCAUUCAUUCUGAUCUUGAGUCUUUUUCUCAUGUCAGCUCAAUCAAAUACAACAAAUACUGUCUACACAACUUCAGAAGGUUCUACUACAGCUACAACUUUACCAACACCUACAACAGAUAAUGGCUCCACAACUACAGAAUAUUCUACUACAGCUACAAAUUUAACAACACCUACAACAGACCCUGGCUCCACAACUACAGAAGACUCUACUACAGCUACAACUUUAACAACACCUACAACAAAUACUGGCUCCACAACUACAGCAGGUAUAUGUUUUUUAAAUCACAACAAACUAAAACAGAAUUUCAUUUAAGAAUUUGUUCUAUAAGAAUAGGGAAUAUUUUUCUUAUUACAUUUAUACACACACACAUACACACAUGUUGUGUUUCCAUGUUUUAUGGAGACAUUCCAUAUGCGUAAUGGUUUUUAUACUGUACAGACUGUAUUUUCUAUUGCCCUACCACUACCCUACACCUGAACUUUCUCAAUAAAACUCAUUCUGCAUGAUUUAUAAGCCUGUUUCCUCAUAGGAAACUAAAAAAUGUCCCCACAAGGUCAAAAUUUACUGGUAUUACUAUUCUUGUGGGGACAUUCCCAUAACGUGAUAAAUAUCAGGUGUACACACACAUAUUACUGCUGAAAAUGAAUUUCAUUUAAGAAGUCAACUGCAUGUUUCAUAACCAGACUCCA